UUGGCGCUGUCAUGUGCCGCUCUGAUGUAACGAAACCGCGAGGUUUUCCGUGUUCUUGCUGAUAAAAACGUGUUGAAAGUGAAAUUUCAGUCUUUUUAGUUGGUUCCAACGAACAUGGUGGUCUGCCUUUGGCAGCGAAGGAGUUAGACUUUCUCCCUAUCACAAAUCGGGUGACGGGGCUAGCCGGAAUUGAUAGCGCGGUCUAUGGAUUUUUCGGUUCCACAAACACUUGGCGCAAUCGAUUGUAAUUCAAUUAGGGCGCAGCAGGCGUAUGCUUUAAUCAACGCGCCGAAAAUUCUACCAGCCUUCAAUUGUUGACAACGAAGCAGCCUGUGGAGAGGUCGACGAGAGUGCGUGAAGCAAGCAGUGCUCGGAUCAAAGCUGAGUGGCCAGGAACCCCCACUUCCAAUCCGAACGGUGCUAGUGUGCUGAGGCGGAACACGAUGAAGAAGCGGAAUAGUCCUGCACCUUCCGCGGCAGUGGCGGACGGUGGCAUUGGCAGUGAAUCGGCCCCCUCUCUGCACGCCUCGCAGCACUCGUUGGCGGUCAAUGAGUUUAAGUUCAUCAACGAGCGGCCAGUCGACGAUAUCUCGCUUAACUUUUUCUACAAACCGCACACGAUCACCCUGCUGGCCGUAUCGAUAUUUGGUGUGAUGUACUUCGCCUUCGUACGGGACCAGUCCGAUAUUCAAGAGAAUAUUUGGGCGGGCAUGGUUUGCGUUAUCUUCUUCUUUCUGAUCAUCUCCGUACUCGCCUUCCCAAAUGGACCCUUCACCCGGCCCCAUCCGGUCGUCUGGCGAAUGCUGUUCGGUCUGUCGGUGCUGUAUCUGAUGUUUCUGCAAUUCCUCAUGUUCCAAGACUAUAAAUCGAUCAUGGGAAUAAUCUACUGGUUUGAUCCGAAGCUUCGAGACUUUCACAUCGACAGUGAAAAGCAAUACGCCACCAACUGUUCGGAUAUGUCGUUCGAGCGUAUCUGGUCGCACGUGGAUGUGUUCGCAUGGGGCCAUUAUCUCGGAUGGGCCUUCAAAGCUGUGCUCAUCCGCCACAUGGGCAUCCUAUGGGCGAUCUCGGUGAUGUGGGAAAUCACGGAAAUCACGUUUGCCCAUCUGCUGCCCAACUUCGCCGAAUGCUGGUGGGACGCGAUGAUACUGGAUGUGCUACUGUGCAAUGGUUUCGGUAUCUGGUGCGGGCUAAAGAUCUGCAAACUGCUCGAGAUGCGCGAGUACAAGUGGGCAAGCAUACGAGAUAUUUCGUCCACUACGGGCAAGCUGAAACGUGCGGUCCUGCAGUUCACCCCGGAAAGCUGGGCCCCAGUACGGUGGCUUGAUCCGAAGUGUACCUAUAUGCGCUUUCUGGCCGUCUCCCAGUUGGUACUGCUGUGGCAGUUAACAGAGCUGAACACCUUCUUCCUGAAGCAUAUCUUUGAAAUGCCACCAUCACAUCCGGUAGUAAUAGGGCGGCUUGUGUUUGUCGGCCUUUUUACUGCCCCAUCGGUCCGGCAGUACUACAUCUAUGUAACCGAUACGCGCUGCAAGCGACUGGGUACCCAGUGCUGGGUUUACAUUGCCAUCCUGGUGUCAGAGGCGAUCCUUUGUAUCAAAAAUGGCAAGGAGCUGUUUGAAAGGACACAGGUGAAGAACAUUCUGGUGUGGCUGCUCAUACAGGCCGUCCUCUCGGUGCUAUUCGUCUAUGGUUGCAUGCUGUGGCAUCGAUACGUUGGUGAGGAAGAUUCGAGGGAUGGUUCACCGGUGAAGCAACCGAGUCGCACGUUUAAAGAUUCUGCCAUAGUGUCCGGAGAUUCCAAAGGCAGCAAGAGUGGUGAUGGUACACCGACGGUCAAAAGCUCACCAAAGACUACGCCCACCAAAAAAGCUGGAUCCCAGCUAGCCUCUGCUGCUGCUGCUGCUCCUGCUGCAGCGCAAAGUGGCUCACGCCGGGAACACUUUGACUAGGUACAAAACCGCGCCAAGUACAAUCGACCUCCUUGACUGCUCUCUCGUGCUCGGUUUCCUACUUCCCACGGGAAAGAGACCACCCCAUGCCGUCCCCGCCCUAUCAGCCGGGACACACGAUGGCACCAAAUUUUGCUUCGAAGGGAGAUCGAGAAUGUUGGAGAAGCUAGUAAAGAGCUGUCGAAUAGUAACUAAGUACAUCAUAAGGUUGGCGGUGUGUGCGAGAGUAUGCAUGUCCUUUGAGGAUUCUUUCCUUUCCAUAUCUUUUCCCAAACUUUUCACGUAACUUACAUUGUCUCACACUCUCCUAGAGGUACGGUUUGGAAUGAUAAUCAUGUAGUAUGCAACUUAGCUCAUGCUACUACUUUAUCUUGUAGCUCUGCACUGCUCAACGCUUCUUCAUUUGCACUUGCACUAGCGUGGUACAAGUUUUAAUGUAUGAUUUAAAGCACCCCGCUGUGCGCACAUUUGCGUCAUUGCCGCCAGUCUUUAUGCCCUACUGCACCCACAAGAAUGCCCUUCGGUCUAUGUGCAUGCGUUCCUAUUCUAAUACGUUGAGGUCAAAAGGCUGAAACAGGCGCGAGAAAGACGAGAGCUGUACCAGCUCCAACUUGCUGUAAGGUUAGGUAGGGUAUGAUACUAGUAGGUAAGUGUAUGAUACUAGUACGGUGUGGGUGAGAACCGUAACCGUAGGUUUGUUAGGUAGGAUAUCUAGGCGACCAAGUAGAGCGCGCCAGCUAAGACUAGCUAGUCAUCGUCCGCUGCGUUAGUGGAGGCCGACGAAGAAGUUGGUGCGAUCCAUGGUGGAUAUAGUGAUGGUGGGAAUAUGCCAGCGAUGGAUGGAUUGUGGUGGUCGAAUUAAAUUAACUCUAAUACGACUGCUACUCGCGUGCGAUUCUUCCUUUCAACCACUCUAGAUAGCUUACACGUUCAUCGCGUUCGUGCAACAUCACUAUAUCCAUUGUUUGAUUAACUUUAACAAACAGCAUUAAUAGGGCACCCAAUAGCGAAUAAACCACCAACGCUCUAUCCUUCCUACGCCGAUCUUUCCACGGUCCAUCCACGAAGCAGCGGCAGAGACAGCUACGACGUAGCGGCGCUCUGCUCAGCAGUUUGGUUCGCACCGGGCGUUGUGUUAGGCUAAAUACGAAAAUCUCUCUAGUCAAUAAGUAAUGGUGACUAGCUGCAAAGAAGGAGGAUGUAGACACUGCCGCUGAAACACAGGGCAAGGGGGUCUCGCAACUUACGCCAUCCACCAAAAGAUUCUUGUGUACAGUUCCGUACACUAAGAAUAACGAUUCUAGGACAAUGUUUAAUCAUAAUAAGAUGCUGCUGCUAUGCGCGUUAGGACGAUCCCGCGACCAGGGAUUUUAGUCUUUUGUUGGUUUGAAUGUUUCUUUUUUGUUUGUUAGCUUGUUAGCAAGUUUUCUCUGGUUCGAUAGCUGCUCUGGCUGUAAAAUGACUUUGUUCCUUUGUAAACACAGGAUCACGAGAAUCAGGCGAGAACGAGCAUGACGAGAACAGAGAGCUGGUAAUAAAGCAAAAAUAUGGUGUGUACCAUUUCUGCGCACUGUGCGAGUGCGGCGGUCGUGAACAU